ACUUUUACUCAAGUACAUUUUAAAUCAAUUACUUGGACUUGACUGGCAUUUUAGAGCUUAUGUCUUCUGCCACAACGGUUAGAAAUAGAGGCACAUGCAGGGUAAAUAUAUUUUCACAGAAAAAUCUUCGAAAACUGAUUAAAAAUAGUUAAAAAAAAAAACAAAAAAAACAGCUGCUUACAUGACGAGUGAAGGGUUGGCUGUAGUGUGAAGGUUUGCCGCUAGAUGUCACUAAGCACGAAUGACCUACCCGUCUUAUUUUUACGAAGUUGUAGUUAGAAAUUCAGGUUUAUUUUGCCAUAGAUUAGCAAAACAUAAAAACAUGCGCUUUUGCAAAUUAUGUUCUUUUCAUCAUUUCGUUCAGGCCCUGCCCUUUCUGGCGAGACCACGCCCCCCAUCCCGGCGGGUAGGUGGAUGAUGCACGCUCCCGCGGUCAAGUGUAUGCGCGCGGUGCUAAAGAGGAACCGCACACUAGAGUGAAAGAUGGCGAUGAGAGCGGCGUUACGGUGCUUCUCUUCAAACUUGCCCUCCGGAAUCUCUCAGCUCUCACCGGCAGCGGCUCAUCCGGCGACACGUCUGCUAUGGGCGAGGAGCUGUCUGCGGAUGCUGGGCACCACUGCGGCCCGGUCCACAGCUUUAAAGUUCACAGAUAAGCAUGAGUGGGUGCGAGUAGAAGGUGACAUUGGCACCGUCGGUAUCAGCAAUUACGCUCAGGAAGCGUUGGGCGACGUUGUGUACUGUGGGCUUCCUGAAGUUGGCCAAUCCUUUGCUCAAAUGGAGGAGUUUGGUGCCCUGGAAAGCGUGAAGGCCGCCAGCGAGUUGUACUCGCCACUGACGGGAGAAGUGAAGGAAAUCAACACAAAGCUAGCAGACAAUCCUGGACUGGUGAAUAAAGCCUGCUAUUCAGAUGGGUGGCUCAUCAAGAUGACGAUCCAAGAGCCAGGCGAGCUGGAAGGCCUCAUGGAUCAAGCUGCAUAUGAUAAAUUUGUGAAAUCGCUUGAAGAUUAAAACAACAAAGUCGCAAUGCUAUUUUUUUUACUGCCGCUUCAGUCAAAGAUCAAUAGGCAGGGAUACUAACAGCCCUCAUCAUAUGUGCUAUUUAUUUUCAUACUGAAACAGUGCCAUGAGAAUAACUGUCGUCUGUUCACUGCUUCUGUUCAGAAUGUUCAGAUUCAUUUAGUUACCAAAACCUUACAAGGGCUCUUAGUAAUGUUGGGUCUUGCUCCUGGUGCUCCGCUCAAUUUUAAAUGUGCACAAAUGUGAUGGAAGACUGGGCAUUGAUUGUAAGUGCUUUGUCACCUUGAUUAAAAUAAAAGUUUUCCUUAUGUUUGAA